AUGUUAUUUUCAGCCUUGAUUUUAAGGGUUAUAUCCCUUUUCCUAUCAUUGUCCACUGCUCCCGCGAAUCCCCUGAAAUAUGAACUCGUAGAGCGUCAUUCUGAGGUGCCUUAUGGUUGGGUUCGGGGAACAGCUCCAGCUGCAUCGAAGCUGCUCUGUCUUCGGCUUGCGGUUCGCCAGGACAGGGCCGCUGAGUUCGAAAAGCUGGUAAUUGACCUUUCGACGCCCGGACACGAAAAGUAUGGGAAGCACUUGAAACAGAAAGAAAUAAAAGACUUCCUUCGCCCAGCUUCAAAGGUAUCUCAGGCCAUUCUUGCAUGGCUGGAGUCAGAAGGAGUACCGGACGAUUCCAUUGAAGAUGACGGUGAUUGGAUCAAGAUUGUUGUUCCCGUACACCAAGCGGAACGAAUGCUGAGUACCCGGUUUCACCACUUUCACCACAUCGACAGCAGGGUCACAAGAAUCAGGACGCUCGAGUAUUCACUGCCCCGCGCAAUUCGGCCAUAUAUUCAGUUGAUCCAGCCAACAACUCGUUUUGGCGAACCUAAGGCUCACAAAAGCUUCCUGAUCGACCACGGCAUUACCAUCAGUGACAACGAGAAGAAUAUUGACUGCGGUUCAACUGUUACCCCAAGUUGCUUGCGACAAUUGUACAAGCUAGACGAUUUUGUGGCGAAACCCCAUCCACGCAACAAGCUUGGGAUCUCCGGAUAUCUGGGUCAAUAUGCUCGAUACAGCGACUUUUAUGCGUUUCUGAAGAAGUACGCGCCUAACGAGCAGGAUGCCAAUUUCACAGUGGCAUCGAUCAACGGUGGUCUUAAUCUCCAAAACUCAUCCGAUAGUGCCACUGAAGCCGCUUUGGAUGUCCAGUACGGCUAUUCGCUCUCCUACGGAGUAGGCGGCACUUUUUACACCACUGGAGGUCGUGCGCCUCUUGUCCCUGAUGCCGAUGAGCCUGAUGCGAACGACUCCGACAACGAGCCGUACUUGGACCAGCUUCAUUAUCUCUUGAAAUUGCCAGACGACCAGCUGCCAUCGGUCUUGUCAACUUCCUAUGGUGAAGACGAACAAAGCGUGCCAGUAUCCUAUUCCAAUGCUACCUGCAAUUUGUUCGCCCAGCUAGGCGCUCGUGGUGUAUCUGUCAUAUUCAGCAGCGGAGAUAGCGGUGUUGGAGGGUCUUGUUUGAGCAACGAUGGCAAGAAUACCACCAGAUUCCUUCCGAUAUUCCCUGCUUCCUGUCCGUUCGUCACCUCCGUGGGUGGCACAACAGGGAUCAAUCCCGAGAAAGCAAUUUCCUUUUCGGCAGGAGGGUUCUCUGAGCGGUUCGCCCGUCCGUCGUAUCAAGAGGCUGCGGUUUCUAGCUACCUCUCUCUCCUAGGCAACCGAUGGGAAGGGCUAUACAAUCCGAAGGGACGGGGCUUCCCUGACGUUGCUGCUCAGGCGAACAAUUUCGCGAUUGUUGAACAUGGAUCCAUCAGUUUGGUGGGAGGAACGAGUGCCGCUGCUCCAACCUUUGCGGCUAUCGUUGCAGACUUGAAUUCCGUUCGCCUUGCUGCAAAUAAGUCGGCCCUGGGUUUCUUGAACCCUUGGAUUUACAGCCUCAACCAGACCGGUUUCACAGACAUUGUCCAAGGCGGUUCUAAUGGAUGUUUUGGCGGCGAGACUUGGUUAGGCAAGUCGACACCUUACGUGCCAUAUGCCAGUUGGAAUGCCACGCCAGGGUGGGACCCAGUAACAGGACUAGGAACACCACUGUUCUCAACUCUCUCUGAGCUUGCACUAUCGGCGUGA